AUUCCGAAGAUGUAACAUACAGACGUAAAAAUGAAAGUUUGGGCUGCUAUUUCGUAAUUUUUAAAAUAGUUACUAAUAGAUAAAUUUACAGUUUAUAAAACCGAAAGCCUUCCACAUUAAUUAAAAUAGAAAAAACUUAUGAGGAACAAAGAAGCAUUAUAAAUUUCGCUUUUCAAAAUUAUUCAAAAUCGAUUCGAUACUUCUGUGGCUCUAUGCUGCUGUUUUAUUCCUAAAUACUGCAAAGUAAUCUGAUCCGUCGUUCAUUAACUUCAAGAGCAAUUCAUAUUUCGAAUUCUUUAAGUAGCUGUAUUUAUUAAUAUAUCAAAAAUAUUUCAGGAAGCAGAAAGUGUUUACAUAUUAGAUGGCAGCAGAAAUAUGACAAUGGCAUCUAAAAAACCACUUUUUGUAAAUGUCGAUGGUGUAAACAUUCCAAUCUUCUUUUCGCAGGAAUGUUUUAAAUCGGCUUUGCGUUUCCAACCUAAGGACGGAGACAUCUUUAUUGCAACAUACAUGAAAUGUGGAACUACAUGGAUGCAGAAUCUGGUAUUGAAUAUUUUGCGAAAAGGAAAGCCACUGGAGCAUCCGAAGGAUUUCUUUCUUGCUAGUCCGUUUUUAGAUCAGCUAGGUUCUGAAGAUUCUGAAAAAAUGAUGAUUCGUCCCGGUGCUUAUAAAACCCACUUACCGCUGCACAAAAUUCCAUGGUCGGAUAAUGCAAAAUACAUUUAUGUAGCUAGAAAUCCAAAAGACUGUUGCGUGUCAUAUUACCAUCAUAUGCGCCAAAUUCCAGGAUACCAAUUUGCAGAUGCUACGUUUGAUGAAUAUUUGAAUUUGUUUGUAAAAGGUGAAGUAGAGUUCGGUGAUUAUUUUGACCAUCUUCAUCCUUGGUACGAAAUGAGGAAUGCUCCAAAUGUCUUUUUUACUACAUUUGAAAACAUGAAGCAGAAUUUACGUGAAGUAACGAUGAAAGUGGCUAAAUUCAUUAACGAAGACACAGCUGAAUAUCUGAAGGAACAUGCAGAUGUUUUUGAAAAAAUACUGCAUAACUGUAGUUUUGAUGUCAUGAAGUCUUUCAUCAAUAAAUCACUGUCAUUCCUAUAUAGCAGUGAUAGUCAAAAGCUUUUAGCUGAUUCAAAUGUACCAAAAGGCAGAAAACAUAUAAUUGCGUAUAAUAACAGCAAUACUUCGUUGAAAAGUAACGGUAUUAAUUUCAUUCGUAAAGGGCGUGUAGGCUCUUGGAAAGAAGAACUUACACCUAUGCAAAAUGAUGUUUUGAAGAAGUGGAUGAAUGAAAAAUGUAAGAACAGAGACAUUUUAUUAUUAUGGGAAAAUAUCAUAUAAAUGCAUUUAAACUCUAUAAAUAUGAACUUGUCUAUUUACAUACAUGAUUUUAUGAGAUCUUGAAGAAUAACCUUCUUUAAAAAGAAAAUAGACAAGAUGAACUUUUAAAUUUUUAAUAUAUUUGCUAUAAAUUCAUUAAAAUUCAAGUAAUUUCAUGCAGUGUAUUUCUGCGGUAAUUUGUAACUAAAUGGUUAUUAGAAAGAAGGCGUUAUUUUAUUUCUGUAAUUUAAGAAACAAGGUUUUCACAUUGUUUAAUCAUUGUUUCUGCAGCUUUUGAAAAAUUCUUGUUCUAACGAGAGGUAGCUUGCUAUUAUUUUUUAAAAUUAAAAGCAAUUUUGAAUA